AUGGUCAUAGUUUAUACCUCAAAGCAUUUCCCAUGGCAAUAUCUAGUGAACGAGACUCGCGCGGAAACCCCCCUGCUCAAAAAUUCGUUCGAAUCCGGCACAAAAGUCGCCUGUCCGAUGAAAACCGGCCAAUAUUUUGUAUUUAUUCAUGAGACAUCAUCAAGAGUUUUUGAGAUUAAUCGAAAAUCGGUAAGUUUUUCUUGGUGAUAUAAAAGUUUUAUCAGAAAAUUUCAGAUAGCCGAAUUGACCUCAAUCAUGCAAGUUCACUGGCCGAUAACAGUCAUGGAUAAAUUGGACAUUUUCAAUAUUCAAGAUGUUCGAAGUGCUCAAGAUUUAUUGACCCUAAGGGUAAAUAAUUCAGGACGAAUUAGUACAUUUAAAUGUAUUUCUUUAGAAGCUCGGUUUCCAAACUCGCCUGGAUUAUGUGAGAAAUGAAGCAGAAUUUGAUGAAGCCAAGACUGAAAGAGCCUAUUUUUUCCCGGAUGAAAAUGGUGAAUUUCGCUUGAAAAUGAUGGGAAAAUUAGAAGAACCAGAGAAGUUUUCGGACGUUUUGCCGGCGGAAAGAAAGAAAAAACCUGAAUCAAAAUCGAAAACUUCAAAUUUUAUUGUUACAAAGAAAAAUGGAGAUGUUUUCUAUAGAUGUUUGGAGAUCGAUAA